AUGUCAAAGAUGUCGAAGAUGUCCUUCGAGCCGUCCGUGAGGUUUGAUACCUCUGUCCGACUCCCAGAGCCCAUCACCGCCUCGGCCAAGCUAAAGGGAGGAAGAGACUAUGACAUUGAGCAAGCUCUGCGGUCUCCUCCCACGAGGGCCCGUCCUGGCCCGAUCCCGUCUGGAAACUCGUCUAUGACAAUGGUAGCUGGCUACCUGGAUGACGUUGAUGAGAAUACGGAACCUUCAGAGGGAGGCAUAAUCCAGUAUCUGAAGCGGGAGAUCAACCCGUCUGGCGCUGAAGUACUCUUGAUAAUCUGUGCGUUCAUCUCGGGGGUUAUCGACAGUGCAGCCUUCAGUGCCUGGGGCAGCUUUGCAAAUAUGCAGACAGGAAACGUCGUCUUCCUCGCUCUCGGAGCCUCGGGUCAACCGCGUUACCCACCGAACAGAUGGGCCAAGUCUCUGGUUGCCAUCGCCACCUUUUCCCUGGGGGUCCUCUUCUUCAACUAUACCUCUCGAUUCCUCCGUCCACUCCGAAGAUCAACCCUUGUCUCGUCGUUUGCGGUUCAGACCUGCGCUAUCCUUGCUGCCAGCAUUCUCGUACAGACUGGAGUCGUGGGCUCAAGUGCUGAUGUCCCCAUGGGGGAGGUUCACUGGAUCCAGAUCUUGCCUAUCGCCAUCCUGGCCUUCCAAGCUGCCGGUCAGAUAGUCACAUCGCGCUUGCUCGGUAUCGAUGAGUUACCUACCAUAGUCCUGACGACCGUUCUGUGUGACUUACUUAUGGACAAAAAGCUGUUUACUUUCCUACCGCGGUGGAAGAUGAGCGACAUCCGCACUCGACGGCUUUUGACGUUGCUGGCUGCGUUUUCCGGUGCCAUGCUUUCUGGUGGCUUGUCGAAAGUGAGUGGCUUGUCUGCCUCACUGUGGCUAGCUACUGCGAUUAAAGCAGCUGUGACCAUAUGUUUCCUCCUCUGGAAGGAGAAGAAAAAAGACGAUGAAGAGUUCGAAGACAAAUAA